AUGGAGGGACACUACAAGGUGAUUACGGUACCGGUGGCUCUAAAGGGUAGUGGAAACUACCUGCUGUGGUCAAGGCUGGUGAAGACAGCCAUUGGGAGGCUAGGGUUGUGGAGUCACAUCACGGAUGAGGCACCAAGACCAGUGGCCAAGGAAGGAGAAGGAGGUGGAGGUGAAGGAGAUCAAGUUGCGGCCGCCGAGAAGAAAUGGAUACAAGAGGACUUGAUGGUGCUUUCAGUGCUACAAGGCUCUCUUGAAGUCCAUCUCUUAGAUGCCUACAGCUACUGUGAGACUCCUAAGCACCUAUGGGAAACACUCCUGAAGACCUUUGGGAACACAACCAAUCUGAGCCGGGUGUUUGAGCUCAAGAGAGCCAUCAACAACCUUGCGCAAGAAGAGGAGGAGUUCUCUAAACACUUGGGAAAGUACAGAUCUCUCUGGUCUGAGCUGGAGACCUUGAGGCCAAGCACCAUUGAUCAAGAGACUCUCAUGGAGAGGAGGGAACAAGAUCAAGUGUUUGGUUUGAUGGUGACUUUGAAUCCGGCCUUUGGUGAUGUUAUUAAGCACAUUCUGAGGUCUCCAAACCUUCCAUCUAUGGAGGAGGUGUGUGCACAACUCCAGAAGGAAGAAGGGACUCUCGGCUUGUUUGGGGGAAGAGGGGAUGUGGCUCUAUCCAACAAGGCUGAGGCAAUCCAAGCAAACAAAGCUGCUUACCGUGGAGAUGAAAGGAAGUUUAAGACAAGUGAAGCCGGCACAUCAGGAGCUGGUUCAUCUGGUCAUGCGGGUGAAAGUGAAGGAAGAGCUUUAGCCUCUCACCUCCAAGGAGCCGGGAAGAACAUGGAGCAUGAGGUGAUUAGGAAGUCUGACAUUGAUGCCCUGAUCAAAGCCCUCAAAGAGUCUGGUAACCCCAUUGAAAACACUCUUGGUUAUUCAUACUCUGCUCGUGUGUUAUCUAGAACUUGUGAUAGGCUGCUAGAUAAUCUUGAUAGUAUGAACAUGGGAGAUGGAAAGCAUAGGACUUAUGCUGCUGAAAAAACACCUAGAACUAAUGAUAAGUUGCUAGAUGUUAUAGAUAAAUUAAAACUGAUGAUCAAACUGCCUAGUACUCACCUUGCUCAAGAGUAUACUGGCCACGCAUUCAAGAAUCACUUAGCUCAGUAUGGAAUCCUGCAUCAGACGAGUUGCCCCUAUACACCCGAACAAAAUGGUGUGGCUGAGAGGAAAAACAGACAUCUUAUGGAGGUGGCCAGAUCAAUGAUGUUUCAAAUGAGUGUGCCAAAGAGAUUCUGGAGUGAUGCUGUGAUUACUGCAUGUUAUCUGAUCAAUAGGAUACCAACCAGGAUCUUGGAGGAUCAAUCACCUUAUGAAGUUCUCAACAAGAGCAAGCCGGUUCUAGAUCACUUGAGAGUAUUUGGUUGUGUAAGCUUUGUUCUGAUUCCGGGAGAAACAAGAAACAAGCUUGAAGCCAAGAGUAUAAGGGCUAUGAUGAUUGGUUAUUCUACUACACAGAAGGGAUACAAGUGCUUUGUUCCAGAAACAAGAAGGGUACUUGUAUCUAGAGAUGUGAAGUUCCUGGAAGACAAGAGCUACUAUGAGGACAAAGAGUGGAAAGACUUGGAAGAUCAUUCACGACCAUCUGAUAGAGCUACAAGUCUAAGGCAGAUACUAGAAGGACUUGGGAUUGGAGUGACCCAGGAUCAGAGUGAAGAACACUCAUCAGAGGUACAUGAAGCUGAAGAACCAACUCACGUUGAUCAUGAGGGAGGGAAUGGAACUGAGAAUGAGAAUCAAGACUCAGAACUUCCUGAACAACGUGAGACUCAAGAGGUAGAUGAACCUGAUAAUGGAGAGUACCAUGAAGAUCAGGAACAAGAGAAUGGAGAAACAACUGAAGUAGAAGAGACUCAGCAAGCGCCAACUACUGCUAGCCAGGUUCAUCUGAACCUGGUAGAAGCUUCCGCAUAUCCAUUACAAGCUCACCCUCAUCUCAAAUCCAAGCCUUUGAAGAUCUGUCAAAACCGGCUACAUCUCUUCAAGAAGAAGCAGACCAAAGCCAUGGCAUUCUCUCAUGGUCUCUCCACCUUUCUCCUGUCCAUUAAAGGCGUGCCUCACCUCCUGGUUAAGAUGAAACCUCUCAAGAAGAGAGCUUUCCCUUUGCUCAUGGAGUUGGCGACUUGGAAACAUGAAGAAAGGAGUGGUCUUUACAGUUUGAGAUACAAGAAGGUGGUCAUAAAGACAAGGAGGAGCUGUUAG